AUGAACUGUCAGGAGGUGGAACUUGAGCCAUUGGCGAUGGAGGAAACCAGUGCCCCUCCUCACCAUCGCCAUAAUAAUUACAACCGAUCCAAUAACCACAGCAAUCAGGAAAAGCAGUGCAGACGCUGUGAGAUCCCAGCUGAAGGAAGUGAUGGUGGCACAGCCAGGGCACUGCAACAGCAUCAGCCACGGGAGGAGCAAAGCAUUGAGCUGCUGUAUGGAGCUCAGUCUCCACAGCCCCAGCAGACACAGCCUAUUCCUCGACCUGCAGUGACACGUUAUCGAAGACAGGGGGACAACAAGGCACGGCUCAGAGCUCAGCAACAGAGGCACAGACAGAGGCUGCAGAGAGAUGCAGAGAGAGCAAAACACCAGAAUGAGCAAUGCCACCCAGAGAUGACCAAAGAAGAUGAAAGAGAGAGGGACGAUUCAGUGCUGGCCCGUUCAGCUAGCACUGAGAGUGGCUUCCACACCCAUACUGACCGGGCUGAGGGGGAUGAUGGCCUGGUCAUGAUGUAUUUGGAGACUGAGGCACGUCCAGAGGCAGACGACAAGGCAGGAAACUACGAAGUCCAACUAAGGCCAGAGGCAGAGGGAUACACUGAGAGUGCUGAGACUGAACAGCAACAUCUCUAUUCACAUCCUACCUAUCCUCAACCUCCGCCCCUGCCACAUGAACCCUUUGUUAAUAUCCAAAACCCCCACAGACAGGAUGAUCGAGAAAAAACACUGAAUGCUGGAUACUCCAGCUACACCCAACCCCUCAGCCACUCCAGAGCAAGGGCUGAUGUAUUGGUUGGUCUGAGGUUGGAGGGUUUUAAUAAUGGACUAUUAGAUGAAGCCGAAAUUUACUUGCUGUCUGAGCAUGUAUAUGAGGAAAUCUGCGAAGCCCCACCAUCAGUUUCAUCUACUGCAAAUGGGGAUGGAGACACAGAGUCUCUUCAACAUAGGAGGGCUGGCUUUCAACUGUUGGAGGGCCAGACAGUAGAUGGUGACUACCAUCAGCAGGAGGCAGUGGGCUCCCGACUGCGCCACUAUGAUGAACGCUCAGAUGGUGAGUCAGACAGCCCAGAGAAAGAGGCUGAGUUUGCCCCAUACCCCCCCGCUGACAGCUGUGAGCAGGAGGAGGACAUUGACAGCAUUGUGGCCGAGGUCAAAGAAAGCCUGAGCUCCCUGAGUCUUCACUGUAAUGCAGAAGGCACCAUAUAUGAAAAAAGAGAGCUACCACAGGAAGAAGAAACACCCCAAGUUGAGUCCCACCCUGACUCUGAUAAACAUCAAAAAGCCAACAACCGAGGAAAGCCAGCCACACAACUGUCUGUUAGUCUUUCAGAGGACCCUGUAGCAAUGAGGAACAGUCACGAGAAGAAGGACACCAUAUCUCUAGCUAUCAAGGACAUUAAGGAGGCCAUAGAGGAGGUGAAGACCAGAACGGUGAGAUCUCCCUACACACCUGAUGAGCCCAAGGAGCCCAUUUGGGUAAUGAGGCAGGACCUGAGACCCACUGUCAAGCCACUGGGAGGAGAUUCUCCUGGUUCAAGCACACCCUCUCCUCCAGGAGCAGAGUCAUCCCACAGACAUUUGCUGCAGGAUGACAGUCUUGAAAUUUCUCCUAUCAGUAAAGAGUCCAGAAGAAGCCUUGCUUCCUUCCCGAAAUAUGUAGAGGUUCCAGGCCCAUGUGACCCAGAGGACCUGAUUGAUGGAAUCAUCUUUGCAGCCAACUACCUUGGCUCCACUCAGCUGCUCUCGGAUAAAACAUCAUCCAAGAACAUCCGCAUGAUGCAGGCACAUGAGGCCGUCAGCCGCAUUAAGGUCCCUCAGGAUGUGCCUCAGCCCAUGACAGAGGUGGACCUCUUCAUUUCUACCCAGAGAAUCAAAGUGCUCAAUGCUGACUCCCAGGAGAUGAUGAUGGACCACCCUUUGCGGACCAUCUCCUACAUUGCCGACAUUGGCAACAUUGUGGUUCUGAUGGCACGUCGCAUGAUGCCUCAACCUGAAUCUCAGGAGAAUAUGGAAGCCUCAGACCCAGGUCAAGAGAGCAAGCGCCAAUACAAGAUGAUAUGCCAUGUGUUUGAGUCUGAGGAUGCCCAACUGAUUGCACAAUCCAUUGGACAGGCCUUUAGUGUAGCUUACCAGGAAUUCUUACGGGCUAAUGAUAUUAACCCUGGGGACCUUAGCCAGAAGGAGUACAGUGACCUGCUCAACACUCAGGACAUGUACAAUGAUGACCUUAUCCACUUCUCCAAGUCUGAGAACUGCAAAGAUGUGUUCAUAGAGAAAGCUAAAGGGGAUAUUCUGGGUGUGGUCAUUGUGGAGAGUGGGUGGGGCUCCAUCCUACCUACUGUCAUCAUUGCCAACAUAAUGCAUGCUGGGCCGGCUGAGAGGUCUGGCAGACUGAACAUAGGAGACCAGAUCAUGUCAAUCAAUGGAACCAGUCUGGUGGGACUGCCAUUGUCCACCUGUCAGAGCAUCAUAAAGGGUCUAAAGAACCAGUCUCAGAUCAAGCUCAACAUAGUCAGAUGUCCCCCAGUGACCACUGUUCUCAUCAGACGUCCAGACCAACGUUACCAGCUGGGCUUUAGUGUUCAGAAUGGCAUUAUUUGUAGCCUUAUGCGUGGGGGCAUUGCUGAACGAGGCGGGGUAAGAGUGGGUCACCGCAUCAUUGAAAUCAACAGCCAGAGCGUGGUGGCCACGCCCCAUGAAAAAAUUGUCCACAUCUUGUCCAAUGCUGUAGGAGAGAUCCACAUGAAGACAAUGCCUGCAGCCAUGUACCGCCUGUUGACCGCACAGGAGCAGCCUGUUUACAUGUGA